UCCUAGGGUUUAUGGGCGAUGGCGUCUGGCGCUGGAUUUUGGAGGGAUUGAGUGGGAUUCCACCUACAUUUUGUGGGAAUCGCUAGGAUUGCUUGAUUCCGGCCAUGAGCGCCAUGGCUUUCUCGUCUCCAGGGCUGCGAUUUCAUUCAAGAGAUGGAAUGUUUGCUAAGCUAGAUCCCUCCUGCCGGAUUUUGCCGCCCUUCUCGCUUGUCUCUAGCAGGUGUCGCGCAUUCCCUAGAAAAUUGGCACUGGCGAGGUGUAGCUCUCAGCAACAGUCGCGGGUCUCGGGUUUGUGGAAUUUGGGGCAGAUCGAGAGGUGUCUGGAGGCGAUUCAUUGCGCGCUCGACCCCAAGCUCGCCGCGGUUUUGGUAGUGGUCGCGUGUUCUUCGUUUAGAAGAGAAGGACAUUCUUACACCAGCCAAGCUCCAGUUUUUUGCUCAAUAGCAAGCGAACAGCCAGCUAUUAGAGCACAGAUUCACGUCAAAAUCAAUCAAAUUCCAGUAGAAAUGUCGACGCCAGAGUCCGAUAUCAGUGCUUGGCUCGAAGAUCUCAAAGAGGAGGCAAUUCAGCGAGGCGUCGGCAAAGACACGGUGCUAGAAGCAUUCGACGGUGUCAAAAUUUCGCCAAAGAUUAUGGAGAAGGAUCAAACUCAGCCAGAGAAAACGCUUACUGCGGAAGACUAUAUAAAAACUAUGGUGAGCCAGAGCAGGGUCUCGAGAGGUGUCCAGGCGUUUGUUGAUAACAAAGCGUUGCUGGAAGAAAUCUCUGCGGAGUAUGGAGUACCCGCGUCACUUUUGGUGUCCAUCUGGGGGAUCGAGUCCAACUACGGUUCCUACACGGGUUCGUGGAAUGUCAUUCAAGCGCUUGUUACUCUUGCGUUUGAUUCCCCAGAGGCAAGACGUAGAGCAUUCUUCAGGGAUGAAGUUUUCCAUGCUUUGUUUAUCCUUGACAAGGCCGAGGGCCCGUCUAAUGCAGCUGGCUUGAAAGGUUCCUGGGCCGGUGCCAUGGGACAAUGCCAAUUCAUGCCGUCUAGUUUCAGGAACUACGCAGUUGAUUUCGACAGAGAUGGACGCAAAGAUAUCUGGUCUUCAAAGGCCGACAUAUUUGCAUCCAUUGCAAACUAUCUCGCUGAACAUGGAUGGGAGAUUGGCGGAAAAUACGCACAGAAGGUCAAAAUUCCAUCCGACAUGGAUAAAUCUGUCUACGGUUUGGAUAUCAAGAAAAAUGUGAACAGAUGGUUAGAAGAAAAUACGAUCACCGCCUGCGAUGGAAGUCAGCUAUCUGGUGACGAACCAGUCAGUCUGGUUGCUCCGGACGGGCCUUCGGGAGUAGCUUAUCUUGUCUGGGAGAACUUUCGUGUUGUUAUGCGAUACAACAUAUCCAUUCUAUAUAGUCUUGCAGUUUACGAGCUUGCUGAAGAGAUCACUGCCGGAAUGACGGCCUUAGAAUCAAAGGCAAACGAAUAAACCUUGUGAAUCCCUUUUAAGUUUAUUUAAGUUUGUCGACUGUGCUAUCAGAAAUAUAUUCCAUUUCAAUUAUCA